ACUGAGUGUACAAUAUGUAGAUUAAGAAGUAGUUAAAGGAAAGAAAGGACACACUUACACAGUAUUUUGAGUGGAAAACAACCAAUGAGACACGCAGAGCUUCUUAAAGCUUCUUGUGAUCUUUUGAAAAUUGAUUACAGUUGUAAUGAUCUGAUUUGUCUUUAACUGGAAACAGUUUCAGCAUGCACUUUGAACACAGAAACCUGACCUGGAUGCUGCUGUUCCUGGCUGGUGAUUUCUGCAAAACCUGGAAAGCAGAGUAUCAACAGAAACACAUCUGUGCAGUGAAGGGCUCAUCUAUUGUCAUUCAGUGUUUGUUUUACCAUCCUGGUAACCUGCUAGCGGAGAGUGUCAUGUGGGGUCACAUAAAGCCUGGUCACCUGAAGGGCCGUUUGGUUUAUUCUAGCAGUUUGAGAAAAGCCACCACAAGAUUUCAGUAUAUUGGUGACAAACAUCGCAAUUGUUCUUUGAAAAUACACCAAGUAAAACAUCAUGAUGCAGGAAAAUACAUCAUCAGAUUUGAUAACAAAAUAAGCAGAUGGAGUGGUGAUGUUGGGUCAUCGAUAAGGGUGGUUGAUUUGAAGGUUUUGGAGACCAAAACUAAUGGAAACAGAACAAUGAAGGAAGGCGACUCUGUGAACUUGACCUGCAUAAACAGCUGUGAUGGUGGUGACCCCUCAUCUGCUUUCAUCUGGUUUAAGAAUGGAGAACCCAUAAGUGAAGGACCUGUAUUUUAUUUAAGAAACAUUUCCUCCACAAAUUCUGGAAACUACACUUGUUCCCUCAAAACACACAAAGAAACGACUUCAGGUAUCAUAAACACUGACGCCGAAUAUGCCCCGAAGAACACAGUGAUAUCUGUGAGACCAUCGACAGAGGUAGACUCCGGCAGCAACAUCACCCUGAUCUGCAGCAGCCAUGCAAACCCCCCAGUGGAGGAUUAUACCUGGUUUAAAGCAACUGUCGAUGAUGAUAUUGUGGCCGUGGGUUACCAGCCUGUGUUUUUUUCUAGUGAAAGUGGCCAGUAUUUUUGCAGUGUCUCCAACAAACAUGGAAGUCAAAACUCCUCUGUGGUGACUCUAAAGAUUCAAUUUUGGGCAACAUUUACCAGGCACAUAAUUAUCAUUACUGCUGUUGCUGCUGUGGCUGUGCUUCUGACUGUGGCCAAUGUUGCCGUCAGGAGACUCAACAAACAGAGGACACGGGCACCGAAGACAAACUGUGAGGAGGACACACAGAAUACAGACUAUGUCAACUGGCUCACCUGUGACAACAGCCAAUCACAAGAGGAGAAUCAGUAUGAGGGAGGGACGACAGAACCAGUCUAUGCAUUGGUUCGCCUCCACAAUAAAAGAAAGUCGAACAUGCAGGCAGCAGCAGCAGCAGCAGCAGCAGUUGGACUCCCAUAAUGAUGAAGAUGUGAUUUACAGCACAGUGUGCGGGAACCAACUGCUGAACCCUUCACAAAUUGAAUGUCUGUAAUUUAACAAAAAAACAUAUUCAGUUUUGUAGUAAUACAAAAUAUAAUUUUUCAGGCUAUUUGGUGUAUAAUUUUUUUUGUUCAUUUCCAUAUAUUUUAUAAAUCUGUACUCAUACAUUACAGGAAAGAUAAUAUAUAAAAAAUGAAUACACAUCUCCCUCUUAACACUAAUACUUGUAACAGCAUCAAAAGUCACCAACCAGAACAGAAUUCAACAGAAUCUCAUUGAUUGUUUACCUAAGGUUGCAGUUAACAAAAUCAAGAGGUAUGAGAAUGACUUUUGGAACAUGCUUUCAGCUUCAACUGUCAUAGCAUGUUAUGAAUCUGUACAGGUGAUAAACAUAUUGGCAUUAAAAGACAAUCCAAUGGGAAAUGUAAUUAAACAUUCUGA